AUGGCCAGAGAAAAAACACACACUAAGAGAAAGUACAUAAAACAAUCUUCUCUAUUGAAGCAGCUGAAGAAAAUAAAAGCAGCAAAAACGAAAAAAGAGAAAAUACCCGGCUAUCUUAAAAUAUCAGCGAAAAGAAUCAUCUGUGAUGCUAAAUUUGCUAGAACUAUAGCAAAUGUAGAGAAAAGUCCUAAAAACUCACCGCACUUUGGUAAAUAUAACUAUGAAAAACUUUUUAAAACGAUAGAGUUAAAUCUACUACAGACCGAAAGAAAUAAUGCUGAUUGUACCAUAGCGUCUCCAUAUAAGAACAUAUUCACUUCAGAGGGUUACUAUAGCCUACCUAACUCUCUAGAAUCGCUGGUUUUUCCACCAGAUAUGCAUGGCAAUACGCACAGAUCUACUUCCAUUCUUUCAAUGUACGAUGUAUCUUCUGCUGAGAGUGUACACAACAGCACCCCUGACUGCUCACUGAAUACUUCUGGCAGCUAUGCUACAUUUAAAAAUAACUCAAAUAGUGAAAAAAAUACGCUCUUCUACGAAUGCAAAGAUUCUCUCACUAACAACAUUCCUAGCAGUGAUACAUUUCUUCUUCAGAACAGCGUGCCUAAUCAGAUGGACAGCAGCAGUGAAAAAGGAGAGCUUAGUAGCUCCAGUGAAAGUGUGCAGGCAUGGAACACAGAGAGCUGUGCCUCCUGUGGUAUGGCUAUGCGUAGACUGAAAAAUAACACGAAUAAUCUGGUAGAAGGAUUCUACAACAAGAAUGAUAGCUCCAAUGAUUCCCUUCUGCUACUAAGUCUAUUGGCAGACAGAAUGCAAUAA